CUUGAGCUUGAUUAGGGUUCGCCAACACUCUGAGUUUCUUCUCUCACGCCUCCUGUGCAAAACUCCCAUCGCGCGGCACAAUCUCUUCAUUCAAAGCCUCCAAUCAUGGCCGAGCAGACGGAGAAGGCUUUUCUUAAGCAGCCCAAAGUGUUCUUAUGCUCCAAGAAAUCUUCGAAGGGGAAGAGACCUGGAAAGGGUGGAAAUCGUUUCUGGAAGAACGUUGGAUUGGGUUUCAAGACCCCCAGGGAAGCCAUUGAAGGAACUUAUAUUGAUAAGAAGUGCCCCUUCACUGGAACUGUUUCGAUUAGGGGCCGUAUUUUGGCAGGCACUUGCCACAGUGCUAAGAUGAUCAGGACCAUCAUUGUUCGCCGGAAUUACCUUCAUUUCGUCAAGAAAUACCAAAGAUAUGAGAAAAGGCACUCAAACAUUCCAGCUCACAUCUCACCAUGCUUCCGUGUGAAGGAAGGAGAUCAUGUUAUCAUUGGCCAGUGCAGGCCGUUGUCAAAGACCGUGAGGUUCAAUGUUCUGAAGGUGAUU